UCACACUCUAACGAUUCCGCAUGUCGUUUUUAUUUGCGAAACGACCAAAAUCAAGUCAAGAUGUUAUUCGCAAUCUGUGUGAACAGCUUCAUCGCUUAGAGGGAAAUCAGGAUAAAAAGAAGUCAUUUGAGGAAAUUGCAAAGUAUUUACAGAAUUUGAGGAUUGCUCUUUGUGGUACCGCAGAGGCAGAGCCUCAUGCAGACCAGGUUUCAGAAUUAUCGUUGCAAAUUUAUCAAUCCAAUGUGCUUCUGCUACUAGCGCGAAACUUGCGAAAACUGGACUUUGAGUCACGUAAAGACACAGGAUUGAUUUUCAGUGCCAUGCUUCGAAGACAGGUAGCUUCACGCUAUCCUACAGUUGAUUAUAUGAUGGGGAACAUCAACAUUUUCCCUCUACUCAUUUGUUACUAUCAAUACCCGGAGUCUGCCUUCACUGCUGGAACAAUUCUAAGAGAGUGUUCUCGACAUGAUAUUCUGAAUCAGGUGUUGCUGGAAACCAGUCAGUUUUGGCUGUUUUUCGAAUUGGUACAAGCCCCUAGUUUUGAUAUUGCCAGCGAUGCAUUUUCUACGUUCAAGGCUCUCUUACUGACGCAUAAGCAUCGAGUUGCUGAAUUUAUCUAUAAGAAUUUCGAUAAAUUCUUCUCACAUUUUACUGUGUUAUUAAAUUCCGAAAACUAUGUUACCAAGCGGCAAUCGCUUAAAUUGUUGGGCGAAAUCCUACUAAAUCGUGCUAAUUACUCUGUUAUGACUCGAUACCUGGCCUCUGCAGAAAAUUUGAAGCUAAUGAUGAUUUUAUUACGAGACAAAAGUAAGAAUAUUCAGUUUGAAGCAUUUCACGUCUUCAAACUCUUUGUUGCCAACCCUGAAAAGUCUCCAGAAGUAGUGGAAAUUUUGCGACGAAACAAAUCCAAACUACUUACUUACCUUUCUGUUUUCCACAAUGACAGAAAGAAUGAUGAACAGUUUAAUGAUGAACGUGCAUUUAUUUUGAAACAAAUCGAACGUUUAUGAUACCCCUUUUUUUUUCUCUAUUCAAUGCCGUCUUUUUCUUGCCUGCGUUCUUUGAUGCUUCAUUUUUAUCUCUCAUAUCUUUUUACUUUUUUUUUUUUUUUUUUUUU